AUGGCUGCCGCAUCACCGAAACCCGUCGUCCUCCUGGUCCACGGUGCCUGGCAUAGCCCGGUCCACUACAACCUCCUCAUCAAAGCCCUCCAAGCGGGUGGCCACACAGUUGUUGCCCCGCAGAACGCGAGCGCAGGCGCGGGCGAUUCGGGCGUCGGCAAGGGCAUUCCAGACGACAUUGCACGGAUCGACGAGGUCGCAGGGCCGCACAUCGAGGCCGGGCGGGACAUCAUACUCGUAGCGCACAGCUACGGUGGCGUGCCAGGGACAACCUACCUUAAAGGACGGACAGCGCAUGAGCGCCAGGCCCGCGGGCUUGCAGGCGGAUUUGUCGCCGCCUUGUACCUGACGUCGUUCCCAGGCUCGGUACCCAAGCCGAACCCCGAGGCCCCCCAGCCUGCUAUGAGAAUCUUCGAUAUCGACGCUAAAAGGAGCAUCGCAGUCCUGAAGCGGGCAGCCAUUGGGCCGCUCUUCUACGCCGACGUCCCCGGCGACGACGAGCCUAACAAGUCCAGACGGGAGACGCUAUUUGACCUCCUUAGCGGCCAGAGUCUCCUGACUUUUACCGGCGAGACGACGGUUGAUGUGCGUGAGCUGACGAUGCGUAAGACGUAUGUUGUCUGCACGUGCGAUGAGCUCCUCUUGCCCGCAGCCCAGCACGAGAUGGCUGAGCAUAUUGACGCGCGGAUCGUCGAGAUCGAUGCUGGGCAUAGCCCUUUCCUAGUUACAAGGCAUGUGCAGCGGAUUGUUGAGGAGGUCGCGAUGGCGGCGGGCUGUGAUUGA